CGGCGCUCCCAGUGCACGCCCGCCGCCGGUGCCGAGAGCAGCCCCACACACCUGCCGAGGGCCACAGAGGACAGCCUCGCCGACACAAUGGGGAACCUUGGAUCCAUCACAUGCCUGUUUUUACUGAUCGGCUCUGCCCUGGGCGGUGACAUGCUGCGGAAGUCGAUCGUGUUCAACCCGCGGACGCCAGACGUCUUCUACUGUCCGGUGCACAAGCCUAAGUCCUUCGACGACAUGCUGGUCAAGUCUCGGCCGCUGAGCAAGCUCUGCGAGUUCAAGGGCCGGCCUCUGCCGCCUGGCCACCAGUCGGAUUGCUAUGGAGACGUCGACGAGACAGAGUUCGCCUGCGCAGAAAAACACCGCAUCCUGGGCCGCCUCUCGCCACCGGGGCUGGAAAACUCGAUCGACCUGGGGCCCCACCUGGCCAGAAGUCUGCACAUGUGGCUCUAAGAUUGCCGCAGUGACCGCGUGCUUUGAUCGGAGCCGCACUAGAUGAAGCCGCAAACAACUCCAACGGCUACUAGAGUGACAUCUUCACAGCUUCGGCGGCUUCUGAAGCGACGUCUCACUGGUCGGACGGCUUUUGCAAAUCACCACCGAAGUCAACGCGCCCUAAAGACCUAAUAAACAAUACUUUCUACAACGGCAUCUAUACAGGUCCGAUGGCUACUAGAGCGACACCUAUAUAGGUCAGACGGCUCUUACAGCGACAUCUAUACGGUAUACAGCUUCAUAAUGGCGCUCAAUCUGGGCCUUGUUUCACAGCGCGCUACUAGCAUUUUCGGUUUCUAUAGAUUGGAACCGUAAACAAACCAGGACAAGCACAAUGAGAGUUUGUUGAUGCUUCCAUGAAAACCGAAAGCGCUAGUUGCUGCUGGCACCGGUAUCACCAGGGUGUGUUACUGUUGCCUACCGCAAAACAGGGCUGUUCCUCCGUUUAACGCUCAUCAACGUUCGGGUGCCCGAUGAGUUUGUGUUUUCCGAUGUCAAGCGUGCUGCGUGAUUGAUGGCGAGAUUAUAUUUUUCAUAUUGAGUUUUUUACCAUCAGCGCUAUUAACUUAUAAUAAUGUGAAUAUUGCAUGUGCAAUGAAGAUGUUAGUUCUAAAGGCCAUGGUGAAUAGGAUUCGCUUAUAAACACUAAUAUUUGCCAUUGUGCAUGCCGCGAACAGUAUGUACACUUACAGCUCGACAGGACUUAAAAAUUGGCCAACAAAUACAAAGCAAGUUUAAGGAACAUCCUGUUAUAUGUAUUAUAACACGGUUUGAUCGGUAACACUUUUCCAAUUAUGAUCAGUAGUGUUGGAGCUGUUACUUGUUUAAUGUGGUUAUCCAGGCCAAUAGUUUUUAAUGAACUUGUGUAUUUCGCAACAAAACACACUACAGGUGAAUGGUAUUAUCUAAGACAAUUUUUUACCAAUACAAGUUAUGAAGAGAUCAUAGGUAUUAGGCAUGCAUCUUUCUUAAUGAUUUUACAAACUGUCUGCUUACCCAAAUGUGGGUAUUCUUGCUUUAUAGUUUAUAGUCAUAGGAUUCAGGCUGAACUUGUGAACUCAGUGAAGUCCUUGAAUAAUUGAAAUUUAGUGGUCAUGUGUUUGGGACCGUAUUGAUUUUUGUAAAUACAUAAAAUAUUUACAUAUAAA